AUGUUAGUACAUCAAGGUGCAUCCGCUUCAAUCGAUCUAUCGAUCUGGCUCAUAAAACGACCAUUAAGUGCCCUAAAGAUCCGCUCUUUAUUGCUGCGUGAUACUCACAUGAUGUUAGUUGACGACAGGCUCGUGUACAAGGGGAGGCUACGCACAUCCUGCCCAUUGUCCACCUGCGGCCACAAGGUCGUAAUUUACUUUUGUCCACUUCAUUUGAUCAGCCAGUAUUUUUCUACUUCUUUGUUUUUCUUUCCUUUACCAUAUUUUCUUUCUUUUUUUCUUUCUUUUCCUCUUUUUUCUUCCUUUUCUUUCUUUUCCUUUUUUUCUUUCUUUUCCUUUUUUUCUUUUCCUCUUUUUUCUUUUCCUCUUUUUUUCUUUCUUUUCCUUUUUUCUUUUCCUCUUUUUUCUUUCUUUUCCUCCUUUUUUCUUUCUUUUCCUUUUUUUCUGUCUUUUCCUCUUUUUUCUUUCUUUUCCUUUUUUUCUUUUUUUCCUCUUUUUUUCUUUCUUUUCCUUUUUUCUUUUCCUCUUUUUUCUUUCUUUUCCUCCUUUUUUUCUUUCUUUUUCUCUUUUUUUCUUUCUUUUCCUCUUUUUUUCUUUCUUAGCCAUGAUCUCAUUUUUUCUUUCUUUUCCCUUUCUAUUUUUAUUUCCUACACCAUGGUUUCUUUUUUAUUUCUUUUGCCCUUCUUUUUCAUUUUUUCUUCUAUAAUUGCUUUUUCUUUCUUUUCUCCUUAUUUUUCUUUCCUCUUCCAUAGUUUCUUUUUUCCUUUCUUUUCCUCUUUUUUUUCCUUUUCCCUUUCUAUAUUUAGUUCCUACUUUAUGUUUAUUUUCUUCUUUCUUUCCCCUUUCUUUUUUCUUUCUUUUUCUAUAAUUUCUUUUUUCUUUCUUUCCCCUUUCUUUUUUCUUUCCUUUUCUAUAAUUUCUUUUUUCUUUCUUUCCCCUUUCUUUUUUUCUUUCCUUUUCUAUAAUUUCUUUUUUCUUUCCUUCCCCUUUCUUUUUUUCUUUCCUUUUCUAUAA